AUGCCCCGAGACCCUCCUCCAUUCACCAAGACCCUCCUCCAUGCCCCAAGCCCCUCCUCCAUGGCCCAAGACCCUCCUCCAUGCCCCGAUACCCUCCUCCAUGCCCCGAGACCCUUCUCCAUGCUCCUCCAUGCCCCGAGACCCACCUCCAUGCACCGAGACCCUCCUCCAUGCACCAAGAUCCUCCUCCAUGCCCCAAGACACUCCUCCAUGCACCAAGAUCCUCCUCCAUGGCCCCAGAUUCUCCUCCAUGCCCCGAGACCCUCCUCCAUGCCGCGAGGACCUCCUCCAUGCCCCGAGGACCUCCUCCAUGCUCCUCCAUGCCCCGGGACCCUACUCCAUGCACCAAGACUAUCCUCCAUGCAACAAGACCCUCCUCCAUGCCCUGGGACCCUCCUCCAUCCACCAAGACCCUCCUCCAUGCCCCAAGACCCUCCUCCAUGCCCCGGGACCCUCCUCCAUGCAACAAGACCCUCCUCCAUGCCCCGGGACCCUCCUCCAUGCCCCAAGACCCUCCUCCAUGCCCUGGGACCCUCCUCCAUGCCCUGGGACCCUCCUCCAUGCCCCAAGACCCUCCUCCAUGCCCUAAGACCCUCCUCCGUUCCCUGGGACCAUCCUCCAUGCCCCAAGACCCUCCUCCAAUCUCUGAGACUAUCCUCCAUGCCCCAAGACCCUCCUCCAUGCCCCAAGACCCUCCUCCAUGCCCCAAGACCCUACUCCAUGCUCCAAGACUAUCUUCCAUGCCCCAAGACCCUCCUCCAUAACCCGAGACACUCCUACAUGCCCCAAGACCCUCUUCCAUACCCCAAGACCCUCCUCCAUGCCCCGGGACCCUCCUCCAUGCACCAAGACCCUCCUCCAUGCCGCAAGACCCUCCUCCAUGCCCUGGGACCCUCAUCCAUGCCCCAAGACCCUCCUCCAUGCCCCAAGAUCCUCCUCCGUUCCCUGGGACCAUCCUCCAUGCCCCAAGACCCUCCUCCAAUCUCUGAGACCCUCCUCCAUGCCCCAAGACCCUCCUCCAUGCCCCAAGACCCUCCUCCAUGCCCCAAGACCCUCCUCCAUGCUCCAAGACUAUCUUCCAUGCCCCAAGACCCUCCUCAAUGCACCAAGACGCUCCUCCAUGCCCCAAGACCCUCCUCCAUAACCCGAGACACUCCUACAUGCCCCAAGACCCUCUUCCAUACCCCAAGACCCUCCUCCAUGCCCCAAGACACUCCUCCAUGCCCAGAGACCCUCCUCCAUGCCCCGGGGCCCUACUCCAUGCACCAAGACUAUCCUCCAUGCACCAAUUCCCUCCUCCAUGCCCUGGGACCCUCCUCCAUGCCCUGGGACCCUCCUCCAUGCCCCAAGCCCCUCCUCCAUGCCCCAAGCCCCUCCUCCAUGGCCCAAUUCCCUCCUCCAUGCCCCGAUACCCUCCUCCAUGCCCCGAGACCCUUCUCCAUGCUCCUCCAUGCCCCGAGACCCUCCUCCAUGCACCGAGAACUUCCUCCAUGGCCCGAGACCCACCUCCAUGCACCGAGACCCUCCUCCAUGCACCAAGAUCCUCCUCCAUGCCCCGAGACCCUCCUCCAUGCCGCGAGGACCUCCUCCAUGCCCCGAGGACCUCCUCCAUGCUCCUCCAUGCCCCGGGACCCUACUCCAUGCACCAAGACUAUCCUCCAUGCACCAAGACCCUCCUCCAUGCCCCGGGACCCUCCUCCAUGCCCCAAGACCCUCCUCCAUGCCCUGGGACCCUCCUCCAUGCCCCAUGACCCUCCUCCAUAA